AUGAUGUCAUCCAGUUCUGCUAUUGAUAAUAAUGAAACGAACUGUAUUACCCUGAUGCUCAACCUUGUACUAAAUCAGCUUUUCACUUCUCUUCCAGUGACCAAGGCGAAAGUUGUAGUGGAGGGACUCUUCCGAUCCGUGUGGAGAGUAACGAUUCGGGAGCCUGAUGCAUCCGUUGGACAUAUCACAUACCUUGUGGGCAAUAUAGCUCUCCUCAAACGCCUUCAUAUUCUCCAUGACGGAUGGGUGUCUAAUAUCAUCAGGUGAGUUGACUUUCUUUUCUCGUUGCAUGAUGUUGCAUAGUUCACAUGAUAAACAUGAUUCGACUUAUAUUCCCUGAUUGUUAGUUGGUAACGAAAUGCCUGUUUACCGUUUCAGGAUUUUGAACGGAGAUGCAAACGUGUUUACUACCUCGAACUACUCACCGUGUCAAUGCUCGAGGUUCUAUGUUUUGAUGGAAUUCUUUGCGAAACAAUGGUGACGUUUGUGUGCUUAUGAGAAGUGAGCGAAAUGAUGAGACACCUUCUGAAUGACCGUGUGAUUGUUCUAAUUUACCUGAAGCAUUGGAUUGGUUUUACAAUUGUCGUGUUAUUUUGUUUCAGGCUUAAGGACGUAUGAUUUAGCUUUGUGGUAGCUGUGCUGUCAAAAUAGUUUAUCUUCCUUGUAAUACACUGUUAUGUGAUGGAAAUUCGUGUUUUGCUAUAUUACAUAACUGUCAAUAAAGUGACUGUUGUUUCUGUUCUGUUU